AUGGCAGCAAAGCCCAACCUGCGAGAUGAUUGCAGCCCUUACGAGAAAGAGUCUCAAGGCUCUGAUCGCGAUCUGUUCCCCAACACAACUGAGAACCUCCUGCACUACGAUGCACAAGUAACUUCUUACCGGACCAUCGGCACUAUUCUGGAGCCUUUGCAUCAACUGUUCUCCCCAGCCAAUGCUGUUCGUCGCGUUGAGAGCCUUGCUCGGGGCACACCUCAGUUCUUACGCGAUGCCUUUCUCCCAGUCGAUUACCCCGACUCCGUCUCGCCUGACUACAUCAAAUACCAGAUGUACGACUCGUUCCAGGCUUUCUUCUCGACCAUCACCGGGAUGCUCGCCAACCGCGCCAUUCUCGAGGGCCUGGGUGUCGGCGAUGCGUCCGGCUCGGUCAACCACGCAUUGCUUUUGACAUGUCUCAAGGAUGGUGUGUCGCGUCUCGCCAUGAUCACCUUCGCCUACCGAUUCGGCUCCGUGAUCGAAGCGAAUGCCAAGAAGUAUCGGUUCCUCGCCGAUCUAUUCAAUGACACGGCUUUCUUUCUGGAGCUGGCCAACCCUUUCUUCUCCGGCUGGGCCAAGAUCCUCAUCCUCGUCAGUGCCGAAUCCCUCCGUGCUCUUUGCGGCAUCGCGCUGGCGCAGCAAGCCGCUCUCUCGACCAUUCGCCCGACGAAACAACCUUGCUGA